UCGCACUCUACUUCCGUUUUUGAGUUGUCAAUUUUUCACAAUUUUGGGCAUCUAUUAUCACUGUUUUCUUCAAAAUGAUAAAAGCUAUUUUAGUGUUCAACAAUCAUGGCAAACCUAGACUUAGCAAAUUUUACCAAUACUAUCCGGAGGAUAUGCAACAACAGAUCAUCCGAGAAACGUUCCAACUUGUCUCCAAGCGAGACGACAACGUCUGCAACUUCUUAGAGGGCGGAACCUUGAUUGGAGGAUCCGACUACAAAAUUAUCUAUCGCCAUUACGCCACACUAUAUUUUGUCUUCUGCGUGGACUCAUCAGAAAGUGAAUUAGGAAUAUUAGAUUUAAUACAGGUCUUUGUGGAGACGUUGGACAAAUGUUUUGAAAAUGUCUGUGAACUUGACCUCAUAUUUCAUGUGGACAAGGUCCACUACAUCUUGGCGGAGUUGUGUAUGGGAGGAAUGGUCCUCGAAACGAACAUGACGGAAAUAUUAUCACGCUACGAGGAACAGAGUAAAUUAGAAAAAUCCGAGGCGACCAUAUUGGAGAUCGGACGUGCUGGUUUGGCCGCAGCGCCCGCUCGGGCCGUCUCGGCCGUCAAAGAGAUGAACAUCCCGCAGAAAAUCAAGGACAUGAAGUUGCCCGACUUACCGAAUAUUGCCAAUUUGAAAUUAUAGGUGGCGCUUUUUGAGGAGGAUGAACAUGGAGACAGUUUUGGGGCGAAAGAUACCCUGAAUAUCGAUAAGAAUGAAACGUUACUUGAUAAGAUGGACCAAUUUGUAAUCGUCUUGGUGACGCUCCUAAUGAUAUGCUUGAAUUGACACUAUUGAAAUAAAGUAAGAUCCUGUAUUUUUGCUGCCCUGAAUUUGAGGAAAGACGUCCUUUUCAGAUUUUUCUAUCAGAAAAUCGCGCAAGUGCAAUUGGACAGGAUUAAUGGGUUUUCCGAUGAUGAUAUACAGUGGAACCUCUCUAUUAAGGACACCCUCGGGACUGACAAGUGCUGUCCUUAAUAGAGAGGUGUCCUGAUUAGAGAGGUCAAAUUGAAUGGAGACAACCAAUUUGGGACCAUAAUUUAGUGUCCUUAAUAGAGAGGUGUCCUGAUUAGAGAGGUCAAAUUGAAUGGAGACAACCAAUUUGGGACCGAAAUUUAGUGUCCUUAAUAGAGAGGUGUCCUGAUUAAAGACGUCAAAUUGAAUGGAGACAACCAAUUUGGGACCAAAAUUUAGUGUCCCUAAUAGAGAGAUUGUCCUUGAUAGAGAGGUUGUCUUUGAUAGAGAGGUUGUCCUCGAUAGAGAGGUUGUCCUUGAUAGAGAGGUUGUCCUCGAUAGAGAGGUUGUCCUUGAUAGAGAGGUUGUCCUCGAUAGAGAGGUUGUCCUCGAUAGAGAGGUUGUCCUUGAUAGAGAGAUUGUCUUUGAUAGAGAGGUUGUCCUUGAUAGAGAGGUGUCCGCUAAGGGAGGUUUCAUUGUAUAUCAUCAAAUCAGUAAUUUUCAUGAUCAUGUUCAUAUCUUAACCACCUCAUUGCCAAUCACGCAAAAAUAUAAGGCCAUGAAAAAAGUGGCUGUAAUUGUGCAGGGGCCAUGAUUAUGCCAAUAUUGUGAUGGACUAAAUUUGUGAUUUCUUUCAGCCCAAAAGUUAUAAAUGGGUAUGAGAUGUGUUAGACUGUGCAGUAGAAGUGUUAAGUUGCAAACGGUUGCAGUGGACUGAUUGAAAAUCAUUGAACCCUGUUCAGGGAGGGGGUUGGAGGAUGGGGGGGGGGGGGGUGAUGACUCGCAGUUUAAAGUUCAAAUUAUAAUUGGAAGAGACGCACUCUGGCAACCAGAGCGGGUAUGCCAUGAAGGAAAAGAGAGAAAAAGACGUUAAAAAUGUAUAUAUUUUGAAAUUUCGAGAAAAAAAUGAUUUUCCAUCUUUCGUUGUAUAAAUUUCAAUUUCGAAUUUCAAAUGAAAAGGUUCAUUUUCAUGAUCACCGCCUGAGAAUAUGUGAAAAGUAAUCCAGAACAUGGGUCCAGCGAAAUCCCUUUUAAGUCAUGUGAAUAAGCCUCUAUCAACGACGCAUUUUCAAGAAUUUUAUCCAACAGCCUCCGUCUGAGAGAGUGCGUCGAAUGAUAUAAUUUAACAUUCACAGUCCUAUGGAUAUUGCUGUACAGUGGUAUACAUGUCUAUACAUGGUGGUAUACAUGUCUAUAUAUAUGUAUAUGUAUAUAAGCUAGUCAAAUAAACAGAUACACGUAUAA